GGAGGGUGAGAGCAGCCGGAGCGGCGGAGCAGAGCGGGGCCAGCCGAUUCCCUGCCCACCCGCAGCCGGUACCACCCCCCCGGUGAGUCACACAUUCAGAUCCCUAAAGUGUGACCCAGCAGUCGAUGGCUACGACCCAAAGCUUCUUCCGUAUCCAGACGGACGCUAACCUGCAGUCGAUGCAGGUGGGCUCCAUCAUGAGGAAGGUGAAGUCCCGCGCCUGGAAGAAGCAGCGCUACUUUCGCCUGCAGGAUGACUGCGCCACCAUCUGGUACAAGAGCAAAAAGGCGGGCAACGCCCACUCCACUUGUAAGCUCCGCUGGCUGUGGAAACCCCCUCUCAUCUCCAUCAGUGAUGUGGAGGCAGUAAGGGAGGGUCAUCAGUCAGAGGUGUUGCUCAGCAUCGCGGAUGAGUUCCCGCCGGACCGCUGCUUCACACUGGUGUUUCGUGGUCGCCGUGGCAACCUGGAUCUGGUGGCCGAGUCGGCAGAGGAGGCGCAGUCUUGGGUAAAAGGCAUGAGGAAACUCAUCGAGAACCUGGAGAACAUGAACGAGAGGGAGAGGCUCGACCAGUGGAUCAGUGACUGGUUUAAAAAGGCGGAUAAGAACGGAGACGGCAGGAUGAAUUUCAAGGAGGUUCAAGACCUGCUGAAGAUGAUGAACGUGGACAUGAACGAGCACCAUGCACUGCGCCUCUUCACGAUGGCAGACAAGUCUCAGUCAGGCACACUGGAGGACGACGAGUUUGUGCUGUUCUACAAAAUGUUGACACAGAGGGAGGAGGUGCUCAGGAUCUUCCAGGAUUAUUCUAGCGACGGACAGACUCUGUCAUGCCGAGAUUUGGAGGAGUUCCUUCGAGAGGGCCAGCUGAAACAGGAUCACGUACAGCAACACUCCAUGGAGCUCAUAGAGCAGUACGAACCUUCUGACACAGCUAAGAUGCGUCAGGCCAUGACGAUAGAUGGUUUUCAGAUGUACCUGCUGUCACCCGAGGGCUCCAUCUUUAACCCAGCUAUGCUGGAGCAGCAUCAGGACAUGAGUCAGCCGCUCUCCCACUACUUCAUCUCCUCUUCACACAACACCUACCUGAUGGGGGACCAGAUAAGAGGACACAGCAGCGUGGAGGCGUACAUACGGGCUCUAAAGCGCGGCUGUCGGUGUGUAGAGGUGGACUGCUGGGACGGUCCAAACGGAGAACCCAUCGUCUACCACGGACACACUUUCACCUCCAAGAUCCUGUUCAAAGACGUGGUCACUGUAGUGGGAAACUACUCUUUCAAAACAUCGCAGUAUCCGGUCAUCCUGUCCAUCGAGAACCACUGUAGUGUGGAGCAGCAGAGGACCAUGGCUCAGCAUCUCACUCGCAUACUGGGGGACAAACUGCUGAGAAACGCACUGGAGGGAAAAGGCAGCGACCUGCCUUCACCUGAGGAUCUGAAGGGUAAAAUCCUACUGAAAGGGAAGAAGAUCGGUGGUCUAGAAAGGAGUCUGGACGGGGUGGUGGAAGACUCCUUGGCAGCGGAGGUCAGCGAUGAAGACGAUGCUGCUGAAAUAGAGGAAGAAAAUCUUCACAACGACUCAAUUCGCCGCAAACCUAAGAAAUCAAAGCAGGGCUUGUCUAAAGAGUUGUCGGACUGUGUGGUGUACUGCAAAAGUGUCCACUUUAACAGCUUCAAGCACUCGCGGAUCCACUCCAAAUUCUACGAGAUUUCCUCCUUUGCUGAAUCCAAGGCCAAGAAGCAUAUGAAGGAUGCAGGAGCUGAAUUUGUGCAUCAUAAUGCCCGGCAGCUGACACGUAUUUAUCCCAAUGGAAUCAGAACCGACUCCUCCAACUUUAACCCACAGGAGAUGUGGAGCGCAGGGUGCCAAAUUGUUGCUCUGAACUUCCAGACGGCUGGUAUGGAAAUGGAUCUGAACGAUGGUCUUUUUACUCAAAACGGCUGCUGCGGUUAUGUGCUGAAGCCAGCAUUCAUGCGAAGCUUAGAAAAACGCUUUGAUCCAGAGCACCCUGAGAUACGGGAUGGAUACAGACCUGUAACUCUCACUAUAAAGGUAAUAAGUGGUCAGCAGCUUCCGAAAGUGAACCUUAAGGAAGGCUCUAUAGUGGACCCGUUGGUUCGGGUGGAGAUACAUGGUGUACCGAAGGAUCAGGCCAGACAGGAGACCCGACACAUCGACAACAACGGUUUUAACCCCAUGUGGCACGAAACUCUUACAUUUACCAUCCACGUUCCUGAGCUUGCUCUGGUGCGCUUUGUGGUGGAGGACUAUGACAAGACCACGAAGAAUGACUUCAUAGGACAGUACACGCUUCCAUUUUCCUGUUUACAGCAAGGAUAUCGCCACAUUCACCUUCUGUCGAAAGAUGGCACCAGCAUCCCACCAUCCUCUCUCUUUGUUCAUAUCAGGAUCAAAGAAGGAACCUAACACCUACUAAUUACAGAAACAGUGUCACUGAGUCACACACUCACCAACACAAACACAAACACACACACACAGGGCUUUUUACGGACAAGUACUAGUCUUCCACAUGACUAUAUAAUGUCAUACUGACACAGCAAUAGCUAUGAUAGACGCUGUACCGUAAUUAGGAACAGAGGAAUUUUCUAUUAAGCUAAGCUCAGUUUUGUAGGAAUAAUAGCGAUAAUAGCGAGCCAAAUCUUUUUUAACUAUUAGACUAAUGCUUGUGUGACAAACUGAUUUUAUUAUCUAACACCCUUCAGUGUCGGAUGUGCUAUGUCUUAUCUAUCCCUCUCUAUUUUAAAUGUAGAUUUUAGACUUAAAUGUGCGAUACGUGACUUUUAUUUUGCUUUUCUGUUUCGGUAAACUGCAUGCUGCUGGUUUACUGUUGGUCACAUGACGAUAUACGACCCUGUGUGUUGUGCUUUGUCCUAACAAUACCCAGGCCCAAGAACUCUAAGGACCAGAAGUGUUAUCAGUUGAGCAGCUUGACACAAGCUGAAGUGUUGCUGUCAUGAAAAAAAAAAAACUCACAUCACAGAAGAAACAGAAGAAAACCAUUCUUAAAGAGAUUUUCAAAAUUUCCUUAUUAAAUCUUUAAUAAUCAACAUAAUUGACACCCACAAAGCAGACAGAGGUCAAUAAGGCUUAUUUAUACUACCUUAUGUAUGGAAAUUAAUAUGUCCAUUUCAAACAAUGUAACCCUCAUUGCCCACAUAUUUCUAUGCUCACUGUACGUUGGCAUUAAUGUUAAGCAAUACAUCUACUAGAUGGCACUUCAGAGAUGGGAUCGUCCCAGAAAUUAUUGCGAUACACAAUGUUUUUGUAAUUUCAUAACUAUUAAAUGCCACUGAAAUAAUGAUAACAGAAUAGCAUUAAAAGGAAAUUAUACACUUUUUAAGCACAACAAAAUUUAAUUGAAUUAAUAAUUUAUUAAAAUUAGUUUGGGAAUGAUAUUCUUAUUUCUUCACUUACUUUAGUCCACACUGUGUGUAUGUAGUCACAGUUAUUAAAGCGUGACGGGCUAAAAUAUUGCUUACUGUUAUAUAUGUGACCAAAUAUACAAAUAAGCACAAUAGACAAUAUCACGAUUAUCAAAUAUUAUUGAGGUAUUUAUUAUAUGAUAAAUCGAUAUUGCAAUUAUUAUGACAGCCCUAUUCAGAGAUAAACGUUUUUGGCAACAAAAAACUAAAUUAAAUUCUGGACAAAAAUAAUCCAAAAUAUAACCCAAAAUAUAGAGGAUUUUUUAUAGAGGCUUUAUUUACCAUAUAACACUGGUAAAUUACGGUCAAACCAAUUUAAAUGAAAGCGUGUCAACUCAAGUUUAAAAAAAAAUCCAGCUUCAACAUCUGACUAUUGAGAUAACAGGAAAGCAACACAAUCCAUUCAAUCUGCUGCAUUAUAAUGCUUCUCCUGUUCAGUUAAGUUAAUUUAGAGAUAAUAGUGUUAUAAGAAGCAUUUUAGCCUAGACUGCACUUAUGUGCUAAGUACAGUGGUAUGUAUAAUUCAUAAUAUUGAUUUAUGUUAUGGUUAUCUUUAAUUUAUUCAUUAUAUUUUAGGUUAAAUUGAGUAUAGUGGUUUUAUAGUGCAUGUAUGUUUAGAAUGACCUCUGUUCUUCAGUUACUCAACCUUUUAGUCCAGAUGACUUGCUGCCCAAUGAGCUGGACAGUGACUGAAGUACAGGCGCGACUGUAAAACAGAAGCGUUUACAGUGCAUUGUUUAGAGCGACAGUGUGGGCAUGACGGCAAGCUAAUGGGGUCCAUUACACUGUCUGCCUGACCAGCAGCGGACUGUAAGGGCUCAGUUACAGACACUGGAGGAGAGGCAGUGAAAAUUUAAAGUGUCCCAACCACAGACCACAACCAGCUCCCCCAGCUCAGCUGGAGCUACACUUUACUGUUACACAACACAGCAGCACAGUGAUAAUGCAAUCUCUACUGGGUUUAUUUGUCUAUUUAUUUAUUUAUUCACUAUUAGAUUGUAUGAGGGAAAGAUAAUUGUUUCUGAACUGAGCUGCAUGAUUCUCCUACUGUAAUUUUUAUAUCAUAUUUAUGCUGCUGGUUAAUAGUAUUAUUUUUAUACCCUUGUGCUUUUAUUGUAGUUCUUAUUGCACGCUCGUGAGUCUUCCGAUGAAGAUCUCCUCUCUUCUGUUUGUACAAUUGUAAGCCGUAUGUAUUUUGUUGAGAAUUUAUUAACUGCAUUUAUUAAUUUGCCACGUCAAGCCGAGAUCAAUCAGAGGUCUGGAAGACCAUGAAAAAAUUCUAAGGAAACUGAACUGCUCAUUUAUUCAGCAAACGACCUUUAUAAAGACUGAUCAGACUCUGGAUGGGUGUUGCACUCUUCUAUUGUGCAGUGAUACCUACACUGAUGAGACCUUCCUGGAUCUGUCUCAUCAAAAGAAAACCUCAGAGCUUGGUAUAAGCUCAAAAAAAGGCCUGUGCACUGAUGACAUUAACCCUUUUAGGCACACAAUGAGAAUGUCUCUUAAAAUGUGGAAAAAAUGAUAUGGACAAAUUGCAAACGCUUGUCUGCCUUUACCUGCAUAUUUACUUGAGUGACACCUAAUUCUUAAUCCAUAGGUGUUCUAACUCACUCAUCCAUGUGUUUAUUGACCCUGCUUUGUGCACUGCAAAGUUGGCAGUAGAGGUCUGCGCAGGACUGCUUUUUUAAACUCGCUCCUGCCCACUCCCGCGUCUUUUGGCUUCAUUUUCAUUGAAUGAAUGGGAACAGCGACAUGGCGUCCAUCUUUUUUACAGUCUCUGGUUCAAACACAUGUCGUCAGGUGAAUUGGAGAUGCUGAUCCUUCCUCUGCUUUGAGAUUUUUCUUGAGGGUUUUUUGUUGCUUGCAUGGGAAUCAUAGCGUGAUUAUUACAAUUUUCUUAACUAUUUAUCAACAUGUUAAUGUGCUCCCGCAUCGCCUGGAUUGAUUAAACUUCCGCUCCCGCAAAUAACUGUUCUGAUGGAUCCUGCGGGACUCUGGCGGGAGUGCAGACCUCUAGUUGGGAGCAUGAAAUUCAAGAAUUCCUUACACUGGAACUAACUCCUGAAAAACAACCACAGACAAUAAUCCCCCCUUCACCAAAUUUAACACUUGGCUUUGUGCAGUCAGACAAAUACCAUUUUCCUGGCUUGUCUAUCAGAUUGCCAGACAGAAAAAUGUGAUUUGUUACUCCAGAAAACACGUCUCAGAGUCCAGUGAGGGCGUGCCUAACAACAUUGCAUCUGACACUUUGCUUUGUGCUUGGUGAUGCAUGAAAACCCAUUCCAUAAAGUUUCCUACACACUGUUCCUGAGCUAAUCUGAAAUCCACAUGAAGUUUGAAAGUCUGCGUGAGUGAAUACUUUUGGCAAUAUGGUGUAUGUGCUCAAAAUAUUACCAAAUAAACACAUAAAAUUUACACUGGACUGGUCAAAACAUCACAUCCUGCUCCCUACAGUUGUUUGCUAAAAUUUUAACUGUCCGCAGAAAAAAAAAUCAGAAAACGUAGAGAUUUUCUCUUUAAACUCAAUUGCAAAGUAAGAAAUGAGGAAGAAAAUGUGCCUAAAAGGGUUAAAAAGACUUGGCUUUUUUAUGAAGAGCUUAUCAAUUAGAUGGUUUGUAAUUUUUUAUUUUAAAGAUGAUGCAACUGGAGUUGGAAAUGUUCUGUUAAAUGUUUGUGUUAAAUCACAGGAAUGUGCUUGUCCUCAUCCUAGUGUCAGAAGCAAUUUCAGGUGACAGGGAGUCCUGUGUAGAGAGGGGGUGGGGAUAAUUAUCUCUGGGGGGAAAAAAUGUGGUAAAAGUGUUUAAAUCUGUUAAAUAAUAACGAAGUUGGAUAAACGUGUAGAAUAAAAUUCAAAUUUAGUGUUUUUAAUACUAAAUUAAGUUAAAAAAAAAUACAUAAUUAAAAUUAAUCUUGAAGCUGAAUGUAGUUGGUUUUUCAUUGCUGUUUGUACAUAUUGUUUACUACAUUAAGUAGUAAUGUAUUUUGACAGACUUUGCAUUUAUCCUUUUGCCAUGAUCCACACAGAAUAAAGACAUUUUAAGUACAUUA